AUGGAUACCUUUGCGAUAACGGAAGGCAUUGUUCCCGAAUCUAACAACCAAGAUGGCCACGAGUCCGAAAAUGCCACCUCCGAACAACACUUAGAGGGGGCCAACAAGUUUCAGCGUGCCAUUGCGGCUUGGAGAAGUAUCGAUCUGAAUACAACUGUCGCAAAACUAGAUUCUACCGCCUCGGAUAUCGUCGCUCAGCAACGAGAUGCGCUGGUCCAGAGAAAGGACCUUGCGCAAAAGACCAAGGACUUCCGGAAGUUGGACGACUCUUCCAAGCUCGCAGAAUACAAGAGCCUCCUAAAAUCGUACCAAAGCUUCAUUGAUCUCCUGACCAACCAAGGAAAAGCCUCGUCAUCCGCGUUUCUACAGCUAUAUUCGUCACUAUCGGAAGCUCCUGACCCUUAUCCGCUUCUCGAAGCAUCCGUUGACUCCCUCGUCCUUUCUGAGCAAACCGUACCCAAAUUGACGUCCGAGAAAGAGCAAUUGCAAGCAUCCGUUAAUCGUCUCACAUCCCAGCUGGAUGAUACCGAGAAGCGACUCCAGGAGGAAAGGUCUGCAAGAAAGAAUCUGGAGGACAACCAGGAAGCCAAGAUCAAGGAAAUUGAGUCGUCAUGGUCAGCUGUCCUGGCGGAGAAGACGAAUAACUGGGCUGCGAAAGAGAAAACCCUGGAGGAGAAGGUUGAAAAUCAGGAACGCUUGCUGAAGGAGGUCAAGGCAAGCUACGAGGUAUCUCAGCGAUUAGGACAAGAAGAUGAUGGUGGUGACAGCUCCCACCAUGGGGCGGCCGCUGCGGAGCUAGAACUUGUGUCUGCUGAUUUAGAAAAAACCAGCCUGCGGCUUGCUGAAGUAGAGGCGCGGAACGAACAACUUAGGCUUGAGCUGGCUCAGGCUGUCUCGCAUUCGUCGCAAACAGCACAGGCAACCUCGGUCGAGGAUGAUCCCGCUUAUCUUCGCCUGCAAUCAGAGAACUCUUCACUGCUGCGCAAGUUAGAUGCCGCACGGUAUGACCGAGAUUCGGUGCGCCACACAUGGGAGUCUAAGAUUUCACAGCUUGAGAGACAAGGGUCAAAGGUCGCGGCGGAGAGAGAUGAACUGCGGUCGCGGUUGGAAAAGACUGCUGACUACGAGGAUAUCCGUCGAGAGUUGGAAAUGAUCAAGUCUAUCGAGUUCUCUGUGGGCGACGGCGACGAUGACGAGGUUGCGGAACUCGUCAACAAUGACGCCGGGACCACUGCCAAUGGUUCUUCUUCGAGGUCCAGGGAUGGCUCUAAAAAUACCAGUCUGGAGCAGCUGCUUCUGGCACGAAACAAGAAGCUCACAGAUGAGCUGACUGUACUUCGUGUCUCACACCGCGAUCUGCAAGGGCAACUAGAGCUUCUUCGGGAAGACCUAACCAGCACCAAGCAGGAAUUGGAGAAAUCUCAACAGCUCUCCACGACCCUUGAGAAUGACUUACUCCGUGUGCAACAAGAGGCAGCGAAUGCUUUCCCGUCUUCGGCAAUGUCCGUGGCAGGGACCUAUAGCUCAAGGUAUCCCCACUCGUCUCGGAGGGGGGCAGUUUCACCGACCUCGUCAAUCAUCUCGGGCUUCGACCAGGCGGCAGCAUCCGCCAAUACAAUGGAGUCUAUUCGCGCCGGUGAGCCCGUGGGCGGUGGUUCAGGCCUUUUGCCCAUGAUACAGGCACAGCGAGACCGAUUCAAGACGAAAAAUGCGGAGCUGGAAGAGGAACUGUCCAAGCUGUACAGCACAGUCAAGUCCCUUCGGCAGGAGGUUGCUUCCCUUCAGAAGGAUAAUCUCAAUCUCUAUGAGAAAACGCGAUAUGUCUCCACGUAUAGCCGUGGCCAUGGGGCAGCAUCCUCUGCCUCUGCCUAUGCUAACAAGCCCAGCAGUUCGUCCGUCCAUUUUUCGGCGGACACGCCUUCCGGUCUUUCGUUGGACCGGUACCAGACUGCAUACGAAGCGAACCUUUCCCCGUUUGCUGCUUUCCGAGGUCGCGAGUCAGUGCGUGCAUACAAGCGCAUGAGCCUACCUGAGAGGGUCGUAUUCUCUCUCACGCGCAUUAUCCUGGCCAACCGAACCAGCCGGAACCUCUUCGCGGGAUAUUGCUUUGCGCUUCAUGUCUUACUUUUCCUGGUUCUGUAUAUGAUGAGCUCCACGGAGAUUGAGAGAAACAGCGGUGCCAGUCUAGGUGCUGCUGCUGCUGCUGCCAUGGCCGGCGCUGGCGGGUCCGGAAGUAGCAGUGGCUACGGUGGUAGUGGUGGGAAGCUACACGGUGAUAAUUGGCAGGCAGAGGGUUUCAAUCAAGUAACCUAA